AAACUCCAAACACCGAGCAUUUUCUUCUUCUUCUUCAACCGACUGCAACUUACACUCGCAACCCAUGGCAGCUCCAACUCAAGCCCUAACUCAGCGUCAACUCCUCAAAACCCUAACCAACCUCUUGACCUCAACAAAAAUCCUAAACCCAGAACCUCUAAAACCCUACAUUCCUCACCUGACCCAACCCCUCCUCCUCUCCAUCAUCUCCUCCAAAGCCCUAGCCUCUCAACCCACGGCCCUCCUCUUCUUCUUCCGGUGGGUCCAGGAUCACACGCCCUCCCUAACCCAAUCCCCACAGACCCUCCUCGCCCUCCUCCCCUCCCUCUUCACCCACCACAAGUUCUCCGACGCCAAAGCACUCCUCGUCCAAUUCAUCGCCGCCGAUCGCAAGAACGAUCUCCACCGCCUCAUCCUUCGAACGGACCCCACCGUGCGGAAGCCCUCGAAGGCCCUUCUGGACACUUCCAUUGGGGCAUAUGUGGAAUCCGGGAAACCCCACCUUGCAGCCCAAGUGUUUGAUAAAAUGAAGCGGCUUCGGCUUCAGCCCAAUUUGCUCACCUGCAAUACUCUGAUUAAUGGUCUGGUGAGGUACCGGUCAUCGCAUUCGAUUUCAUUGUCUAGAGGUGUGUUUAAGCAUGCUGUUGAGUUAGGGGUUAAAGUGAAUACGAAUACUUUUAACAUUUUGAUAUGUGGGUAUUGCUUGGAGCAUAAGUUUAGGGAUGCUGUAGAGUUGUUGAGUAGGAUGAGUGAAUUCAGAUGCGUGCCCGAUAAUGUGAGCUAUAAUACGAUAUUGAACUGGCUGUGUAAAAAGGGGCAGUUGAGUGAAGCCCGGGACUUGUUGUUGGACAUGAAGAAUCGAGGGUUGUUUCCGAAUAGGAACACAUAUAACAUUUUGGUUUGUGGGUAUUGUAAGAUAGGGUGGUUGAAGGAGGCAAUGCAGGUGAUCGAGUUGAUGACACAGAACAGUUUGUUGCCGGAUAUUUGGACGUACAAUGUCUUGAUUAAGGGGUUGUGUAGGGAGGGUAGGAUUGAGGAGGCUCUGAGGCUUCGGGUUGAGAUGGAAAAUUUGAAGUUGAUGCCUGAUGUUGUCACGUAUAACACAUUGAUUGAUGGGUAUUUUGAGUGGAGCAGUGAUUCAGAGGCCUUUAAGUUGGUUGAGGAGAUGCGUGAAAAGGGAGUGAAAGCAAAUGCAGUUACUUACAAUAUAAUAGUAAAGUGGUUCUGUAAAGAAGGGAAGCUGGAUGAAGCCAGUGAUACUAUAAGGAAGAUGGAGGAAGAUGGGUUUGCUCCUGAUUGUGUCACUUAUAAUACUUUGAUUAACGAGUAUUGCAAGGCAGGGAAAAUGGCAGAAGCAUUUAAAAUGAUGAAUGAGAUGGGUACGAAAGGUUUGAAGAUGGACAUCUUUACUCUCAAUACUCUUCUUUACACUCUCUGCAGUGAGAAGAAGCUGGACAAGGCAUUUGAGUUGCUUCGUACUGCAACUAAGCGGGGUUAUAUUCUUGAUGAGGUAAGCUAUGGAACCUUGAUCACGGGAUGCUUUAAGAACGAAAAGGCCAACAAGGGUUUCAAGCUUUGGGAUGAGAUGAAGGAGAAGCAGGUUGUUCCCAGCAUUGUCACCUAUAACACUAUAAUUGGAGGCCUCUUCCAGUCUGGAAAAACUGAUCAAGCAUUCGACAAGUUGAAUGAGCUUCUAGAGAGGGGUCUAGUCCCUGAUGGAACUACAUACAACACGAUAAUUCAUGGUUACUGCCGUGAGGGGAAUGUUGAGAAAGCAUUUCAGUUCCACAACAAAAUGGUUGAGGAAUCAUUCAAGCCAGAUGUCUAUACAUGUAAUAUUCUUCUUUGUGGGCUAUGUAGAGAGGGUAUGUUAGAAAAAGCUCUUAAGCUUUUUAACACAUGGAUUUCGAAAGGGAAAGACAUUGAUGCAGUUACUUACAACACAUUGAUAUCAAGCCUUUGCAAAGAAGGAAGGUUUGAUGAUGUUUUUGCUCUUUUUUCGGAAAUGGAAGAAAAGAAAUUAGCGCCAGACCAGUAUACACACACUGCCAUUCUUGGUGCACUUACGGAUACUGGUAGGAUUAAGGAAGCAGAAGAAUUUAUUUUGAAAAUGAUUGAUAUGGGAAAGUUACCUGAUUGGCCCCCAGAAUUGGAGAAGGUUAAAAAUGGAGUGGCCGAAUCUUCAGUUGAAUAUGAUUCAAGCACAGGAGCCUAUUCAGAAAAAAUCAUUGAGUGUUGCUUUCAAGGUAAAUAUAAGGAUGCAAUGCACAUUUUGGAAGAAUCAAUGCAGAAAGGCACGACGUUAAGUAAAGAUGUUUACAUUAAUUUGAUGAAUGGGCUGAUUAAGAGGCGAAAAAGUAUAUCAAAGGCUGUUAAGCUGUAGUGACACCUUUGGCUAUUUUUGACAAUGUCAGAGUGCCCGAGCCUUGCCUACACGUUCUAUUUGAAUAGGGCAACAACUGGACCAGUAAUGAUGAAGCCAAGGGACAUCGGCAACAGUAUUAUUUGCUAAUCUUUUUAUUCUUUUUGGACAUGCAGCUGGAGCAAAUUCAAAUUAGUAGAGGAAGAUUUGUUUUACAAUCUGCUGAUGGUUUUAUUGAUGAGUGCUGAUCUAAGAUAAAAUUAAGUUUGACAUUUGUUGAAAUUCACAGGUUCCUUUAACAAAAGAAAACAGUUCACGUGAAAUGAACAAAGUUUCUUUGUCCAUGCCAUUAAAUUUGAGGUUUGGUGGUGUUCAAGUAAAGGCAGGGCAUGGAAAUCUUAUCCUCCAUUCUGAGACCGAAAUUGAGAAUUGGCAGCUAAAAAUGGGACUAGCUUUCUUGAAAGGCGUUUCUUAUGGCUGAUGUGAGGAGAAACGGGUUCAUGAGGUUAGCAAUAAUCUGCAAGAUGUAAAGAAUCAAGUUCAUUUUUCUUUCAAUUUGUUCUAUAUCUGAGAAUGCUAGAGGGAAGAAUGAAGGUGGUAAGGUUCCAUAUUAGCGUACAGUGUAGUACAAAGGAAAGUUUCCCUUGGAACAGAUGAUAACGUUUAAGAAGUGCUGUGUGUCAUAUUGCAUCUUUCUUAGCCCUUUCAGACAGGAGUUUUUUUCCAUCAUUCUUGACAAUGGCGAUAUUCAUAAGGUUCGCUGAACAAGGGAAACUGCAGUCCUGGGGGUUACAGCAUGUGUCAUACUAUCAGCGAUUCAGCAUCAAAGAGUAAUUCUCCUCGACAGCCAGACUUCCAACCCCAUUCCUCUUCAGAAAGAAGGAAAAGCCAUGGUCAAUGAGGGGAUGAAAGAUACAUUAUCCAUCGCAUACGUGUGUUAGAAAUGGAUUAGACUACUGGUUUCAUCAGUUCAGAUGCAUUGCGUUAGGACUGAGCGCUCCACAAAAGUGUCAUCUCACUUUCGCGAGGAUCCCUGCAAUUUCUGGUACAAUUUGGGCUUUUAAAGUUGUCAAUGAUGAAAGGAAGAGAGCUGUAAGCUGAAUGAUUGUAUUUAUAUGCCAUUGCUCUCUGUAUUAUAGAUGAACUGUCUUUUAUUUCUUCCUGAAAAUAUCCCGCCGUGUAAAUUAAGUGUUUGGAUGAUGAGAAAAGAAAGAAAUUCAAUAAAGAUUAUCAAGGAUGCUGGUAUUA